AUGUCGAAUUACAUUAGCAACUACGUUCAAAGCACAAUCGUAACCAAGACUGUCUAAAACAAAGACAAAAAAACAGGAAAAAAUUCAGUUGAUCCAAGAGUCAUCAAUGAAUAAUUAAUAUUAGACGCAGUGAAGUAAUUUAACUAGGAAAACAAUAAAAUUACAACUGAAAAUAUCAUUCUUUAGUAGUUAAGGCAACUUUAGUUAUCAUUUAAAAAUAUACUAAAGAUAUAGCACUUACAAGGUCUGGAAAGAUUAGAGAAGCUACAAUUAGAUAAUAAUAUUAUUGAAAAAAUAGAAAACAUUGAUCAUUUAGUAAAUUUGAAAUGGUUAGAUUUGUCUUUCAACUGCAUCAAAAAAAUAGAAGGACUCGAUAAGUUAAAGGAACUAACAGAUCUCUCCUUAUUUAAUAAUUAUAUUGAGAAGAUUGAAGGCCUUCAUAAUAAUACUAAAUUAAACGUAUUUUCUAUUGGCAACAAUAGAUUAAAAUCAUAUGAAGAAAUUACUUUAUACUUUGGUUACAAGCCAAGAGGUGAAGAAGGCACUAACGAUAGACCUGAAUUCAAGCGUCUACAAGUGUUAAAUGUUUCAGGAAAUCCAUUCACAAAAGACAAAGAAAAUGAAUACAAAAAUCAUAUUAUUUGUGCUAUUCCCAACCUUAAGUACUUGGAUUAUGUUUUCAUUGAUGAAGGAGAUAGAUAAUUAAUAAGAUAGGAUGAAUAGAUUAGUAAUAGCUACAAUUUCACAACUACUGAUUACUAUCAAUAAAUGUAAGCUCAAGAGUAGAAAGAAGAAAUGGAUAGAUAAACUUUAAAAAAGAAAAAAGAUGCAAGAAUGGAUAUACUUGAUAACUUAAAAGACGAAUAUCUUAAAAUCGAAGACUUGCAGAGAGUUAAAAUUAUCAAGCCUAAUUAAAUUAAUGAAGAAAUAGAAAAAUAUUGUGGUAAAAUCAAUGACCACGUUGUAGAAAUGUAAGCAGCUGUUAUCUAGAAGCACUAGCUCAUUUUAUAGGAAAUGUCUAAAACUGAAGUAUCAUACAAAGAGUAAGAAGCUCUACAUGAAAAAGAAACUUUGCAGAUAUUAAAAGAAUUCGAACACGAAAAGAAGGUUGAAUUUAGAAAUUGGGAGAAAGAAGCUGCUAAUGGUGAUGCUAAAAAAGAAGAAUCAAGGCUAAAAACAUUAUUGUAAAAAACAACAAGUUUAAAAAAUAAGCUUAUGGAUAUAGAAAUCCAACUAGUAGAGGAAUUAGAAGCCAUAUUCACAGACUAUGAUACCAAAAAGAAAGAAACUGCUUGGAAAGAUAUAGAAGAAAUAAUAGUUUUAGGAUAAAAGAAAAUAGAAGAAGAAAAUGUUAAAUUCUAUUCUAACUUGAAUGUCAUCAAAAAUAAAGAAGAAGCAAAUUACAACAGUACCCAGUAGUAAUAACUAGAAGAAGAAAAUAAUGAAGAAGAUGAUGAAAAAGCUAGUCUUCUUGAAAACAAAGAAUAAUUGGCUUAAAUGAUUGGUAAUAUUAAAGAAACUCUUAUCGAUUCUCACACUAAAAUUAUUCUUAGUGCCUAAAUGGAAUUGCAAAAAGACUUAGCAGAGUAUGCUAAAUAACAAAAAAAUAAAAUGUACGAACGUAACAGAAAAAAUAUUAGUUAAAUUAUUGCUUAAAUAGACGCUUAUUAAACUGAAAUCAAUGAAAAGCUUAAAUAAGGAGAUGAUGAAUCCGAUCAUGAAAAUUGA